GGUGUCUGAGCCGCACAGUUUCAAAGAGAAGGUAUUCAAGAAGAAGAAAAAGGCAUGCGUGGUGUGCAAAGAAUCCAUCGAGGCCCAGGGGCUGGUCUGCAAAGUGUGCAAAGUGGCCAGCCACAAGAAAUGCGAAGGCAAGGUACCAUCCUCCUGCCAGCCGCUUCCCCCACCUGAACUGAGACGGAAUACGGCCCCAGUCCGGCGCAUCGAGCAUUUGGGCUCCACCAAGUCCCUCAACACUGCGAAGCAACGUAACACACUACCCAGGAGUUUCAGCCUGGACCACGUGAUGGAACGCAAGUAUGACUUUGACCUCACUUACAUCACCGAGCGCAUCAUCUCCGUCUUCUUCCCGCCUGCCCUGGAGGAGCAGCGUUACCGUGGCAACCUCCGAGAGGUGGCCCAGAUGCUGAAAUCCAAGCAUGAGGACAAAUACAUGCUCUUCAACCUGUCAGAGAAACGGCAUGACAUCGUCCGACUGAACCCCAAGGUUCAAGAUUUUGGCUGGCCAGACCUACAUGCCCCACCGCUGGACAAAAUCUGCUCGAUCUGCAAAGCCAUAGAGACCUGGCUGAAUUCCGAUCCGCAGCAUGUGGUUGUGUUUCACUGCAAGGGCAACAAAGGAAAAACCGGUGUGAUCGUAGCAGCCUAUAUGUACUACAGCAAAAUCUCUGCAAGUGCGGACCAAGCCCUCAGCACACUGACCAUGCGCAAGUUCUGUGAGGACAAGGUGGCGGCCUCCCUGCAGCCCUCACAGAAGAGAUACAUCCAUUAUUUCAGCGGGCUGCUUUCGGGCACCAUCAAGAUGAAUAGCAACACACUAUUCCUGCACCACGUCUUGCUCCCGGCUAUUCCUGCCUUUGAGGCUGGAGGAGGUUAUCAACCUUUCCUAAAGAUCUAUCAGUCCAUGCAGCUGGUCUAUACCUCGGGGAUCUACAGCCUGCAUGGUACUGGCGGGUCUCAGAAGCUCUGCAUCACCUUGGAGCCAGCCUUGCUCCUGAAGGGGGAUGUCAUGGUGAAAUGCUACCACAAGCAGCUCCAGGGAGCCGAGCGGGAUGUCGUCUUCCGAGUCCAGUUCCACACCUGUACCAUCCACAGCACCCAGCUGUGGUUCAGCAAAGAUGAGCUGGACGAGGCCUGGAGAGAUGAACGUUUCCCUUUCGAAGCGAGUGUCGAGUUUGUUUUCUCUUCCAGCCCGGAGAAACUGAAAGGUCGGGAGACGUAUAGGAACAAUGCUGGGACCACGGUGGAUUACAACAUCUCCGACCCUGUUGUGCGAUGGGACUCCUAUGAGCACUUCAACUUACACCACGAAGACAGCCUGGAAGAUGUCUCUCACACCCGGGGCCCGCUGGAUGGCAGCCUCUAUGCCCGGAUCAAGAAGAAAGGCGACCUUAGCGGCUUCUCUUCUAGCAACGGCAGCGCCAGCAGCCCAGAGUCCCCUCCCCAGCAAGGCGGGCGCCUCCUUUCCAUCAGCAGUGACUCGGGGCACUCCUCCAUGCUGACCGAGAAAGCAGACGACAGCACGCCGCCAUCCAGGCUCCAGCCCACGCUCGCCGAGAAGGAGGAGCUGGACAGGCUGUUGGGCGGAUUCGGCGUCCAGCCUCCGCCCCGGCAGCUGGGUGAGGGAAACGGUCCUCAUGAGGUUUCCUCCUCCGCUGCUGCCCCCAAGGAGAGGGAGACGGCCAUUUUGGAAGAUGAACUGUCAGACGUGGGUCCUCCUGAGCCCCACUUUUCCUACCAAACUCAGCGCCCGGGCCUGGCCCGCCACUGUUCCUGUCGCCUCGGUUACCAUUCCCACAGCCCCGAGAGGGCUCACCCUGUGGCCUACUACAGGCCAGACGGCACGUUGGAGCGGAGACAGCCGAUCUACAAUGGCGGGCACUCUCACCUGCACCCUGAGGGGUACGAAGAGAAACAGAGGGUGUACCGCUCGCUGUCUGAAGGCCUACAGCCCCACUCGUACCCCUUCACCCACGAGCCGCUGCCCCCUCACAGCCCUAGCAGGCGGGAGCACGAGGAGCUGGUCAUCUUGGAGGACCCGCCCACUUUCUUAUGCCCUUGCCAGGAUUGCCAAGAGGCCGCUCGCGAAGAGGCGAGGGUGCCCACUGCUUCCUUCUACGGCCUGCGCCUCGACCGGGAGCCGGAUCUGUGGGGGGUGGAGAACGCGAGGCCGUCCCUCCUCCAUCAUCCCCUCCAUCGGGGUGGCCAGCCCGUGCCUCUUCUUAUGCCGGCUGCCUUCGGGCACCACCACCUGUCCCACGGGCAACACCAGGCAUUCAGCUUCGAGCCCAAGAUGGUGGCCCCACCACACCUAAGCCAUGGUUACCCCACCCACCAGAGGGCAAAGGUCAUGGAAGAGACUGCAGAACCGUUUCCCUACCACCGCUACGGUCCGGCGUAUCCUCCGGUCGCAUCGUACGCCUACGGCAGGGCCUCAGCCAAGGCCUGCAUUUCCCCUUAUGCCUCAGGGUACUCAGGGUCUCCCCGCUCUGGCUCCAUUUCGCCAACCAGCCCCCUCUAUCCACCCACCAGGAAGCAUGCGUAUGAGCUCCCGGAGAGCGGCGAAGGGUACCUGCUACCGGGGCCCCCAGAAAGGCCGCGUGAGCUGCAAGAAUGCAGAGAGGCCGGCCCCUGGCAAGAGGCUCCCGUUCCGCAGCAUCUGCAGGAGGGACACGCGACCUACACGGAGGUGUCCGGCCCUCCCAUGCACACCAGCAGCCCAGUAUUCACCAACACCAGCCCUGGAUCACACAAGCACAGCAACUCAGCCACCAACCCGCUUGAAAUCACACUUCGGUCAAGCCCUGAGGAGCUGCCUUCUCCUGGCUGGAAAAGAGGCCCAGAGAAGACGGCUUCCCCCAGCAGUCCCACACAGACUCAGACUCCAUCCCCGAUGCAGGCCUUCACCCACCUCCCUGCCUUCAGGCCACAAGCUAACGGAAUGUCAUUGAGGCUAGGCCUCCAGUCCCCACAGCCAUGCUCCCGCGCUCACUGCACAUCCAGCCCACCACAUGUCACCCCCUCACCCACAUCCAAGCAUGGCGUCCUGCAAGAGGCCCCGCCACACCAAAAUGGAUCGGAAAUGCCCAGCAUUCGCACGGCUGCAGCCUCCCGUGAGUUGUCGGUGGAAGACAAGUUAGGUCACCAAGCAGGCCCUGUCAUGGAGAGACAGGCCCAGAGGAGCAGCCCGGUGGUUGCCCGCCACAGCCAGCCCCAGUCCACUUGCAGAACUGUGUCUAGCGCGCCGGCAUCACCCCAGAGCCCAGCAACCUAUAACGGCCGCCCGCACAAUGAGAGAACCGGGCCUGAGAUGAGCACCCUCCCUCGUUGCCCCAACAGUAGUCCUUCUCUCGGGCCCUGCUCCCUCAGCAUCCAGCCGCCAGCCCCCGGCUAUGGUUUUACCGACACGCAGGGCUCACCGACCCCGGCCUUCCCCAUUGCGACGGCCUAUUAUACAGGGGCAGAGAGCAGCCCCUCCAGUCGGGAUCACCUCAGUGAACCGCAGCAACCUCCCCUGCCCGAGAAGCAACACGUGCUGGCCACCAGGAACUGGGAGAGGACGUCGCCGCCUGGUCGCAGCCCUGGCUCUGCUCACCACGUCACCUUUGCGCCUGGCGUCCCUGACGGCGUUACGGCUGGAUCAGAACCACAGCAAGAGAACCAGGUGAACGUCAAGUUCGUCCAAGACACAUCCAAGUUCUGGUACAAGCCUCAUUUGUCCCGGGAGCAAGCCAUAGCCCUCCUCAAGGACAAGGAACCCGGAACCUUCCUCAUCCGGGACAGCAACUCCUUCCAGGGGGCCUACGGGCUGGCUCUGAAAGUGGCGACGCCUCCGCCCAACAGCAUCAACCACUCCACCAAAGGAGAUCCUGCCGAACAGCUGGUGCGUCACUUCCUGAUCGAGACGGGGUCCAAGGGGGUGAAGAUCAAGGGCUGCAACAAUGAACCCCAUUUUGGCAGCUUACCAGCGCUGGUGUCGCAGCAUUCCAUCACCCCCAUCUCGUUGCCGUGCCGCCUUCGCAUCCCCAACAAAGAUCUCAUGGUGGAGAGCCCCGAGCUGGCUGUCCCCACCAACAUGAGCACAGCCGCAGACCUGCUGAAGCAGGGGGCAGCCUGCAGUGUGCUGUAUCUGAGCUCCGUGGAAACGGAGUCCUUGACUGGUCCACAGGCUGUGGCCAAGGCAACCACCAGCACCCUGAACGCCACUCCCCGUCCUUCGGCCUGCGUUGUGCACUUCAAGGUGUCAGCCCAGGGCAUCACGCUUACAGACAACCAGAGGAAGUUGUUUUUCCGGCGUCAUUAUCCUGUCAGCAGCGUCACCUUCUGCAGCACGGAUCCUCAAGACCGCAGGUGGGCAAACCCUGACGGCACCACAUCCAAGAUCUUCGGCUUCGUGGCCAAGAAGCAGGGCAGCCCGUGUGAGAACAUCUGCCACCUCUUUGCCGAGCUGGACCCCGAGCAGCCAGCCUCGGCCAUCGUCAACUUCAUCACCAAGGUCAUGCUGGGAACUCACCGGCGAUGAGAAGGAGCCGAAGGGCUCGGCUCGGGAGGCCCGAUUUCAUCCUCCCCUGUUGGACUUGCUGUUCUUCAACAGCCCCAAGGGGUGGAGUCCCCUCUAGUGGAGGAGAAGCUUUAACUGGGCAGGUUGACCAAUGUAGGCAGAGCCAUUCUAGGAAUUUCCUCCUUCCUCUCUCUCUCUCCCUCCUCUUUUAUCCGCCAGCCAGCAA